UAAAUUUGUAAAUUAUCCUUUCCAAAUAGACUUAUUUUCAAAGUUGAUUUCUAUUUCUUCUUUUUCUUUUUGUUCUUUCUUUCUUCUUGUUUCUAACUGCUAUCAUGCUAGUCACGACUUUAUAUAAGAUUGCUGUCACAUUCGUCUUUGUAAUCACUUAUGCUUGUGCUAAUAAUGCGGAAGCUGAACUGGAACAACCUACAAAGCUUCUGGGAGGUGUAUUAAGAAGACCAGAAAAGUGCAAGCAAAAAGUUGGAAGUAACGCAAGAGUUAAGUUGCAUUAUCGUGCUCGAGCUUGGGGAAACGAGGAAUUUUAUGAAAACACAUUUUCUGAACAACCUGUACAAUUCAAGCUUGGUAGAGAUAAAAUAAUGAAAGGUUUAGAGCAAGGUAUUGAUGGCAUGUGCGUUGGUGAAAUUCGCCGGUUACUCAUUCCUUCUGACCUCGCUUAUGGAGCAACUGGUCUUCCCAACUUGGUUCCAGCUAACACUGCUGUCAUUUAUGAAGUUGAAAUGCUUGAAGUUGAUUCACCAUUCAGAAAUCCUUGGUUUUGGGCUGGUCUCGCUACCUUGUUUUUCGCUUGGAGAUUCAUGAACAAGUACAACAAGAUGCAAGCAGACUCACAAUCUGCUCAAUUUUUGGAACAAAAAGCUCAAGAAAAGAAGUCUGAAUAAUGCUAAUAAUAAUAAUAACAAUAAUUACCCUUUUUACUUAUCUAAUAAUAGGAUUUUUCGACAACAAUGUGAUUUUUUUUUCUCAGCUUAUCAUUACCAUUGUCGUCGUCAUUCUCAUCAUAACCUCGGCUUACUUGUUCUUCAUAUUUAUGCAUUAAAAAAGGAACAGGGCUUGAAUUUCAUUGUCUCAAGAGUCAAUAGGCUUUUUAUUAACCUAUGAAGGACAUACUUGGUCCUUGUCCAGUUAUGUUAAUCGUGUUGCCAAUCUAAAAAAGGCUAAAAAACAUAUCAUUAUUUUUUUUCUCCUGUAAAAAUCCCGGUAUAAAUCAUUUUUCUUAAGGCAUGAUUCUAGUAAACUGACAGCUCAAAGCAAAUGACAUGGCCGCGGGCGGGCGGACUUUUUCUAUUUUAAUAUAAAUUGGUUCAUUUGUUUUUUUUUCUUUGUUUGUUUU